AGAAGGAGGUGAUUGUUGGGGAGAAGGGAAACAUAUAAAGGGAGAGAGAGCAAGACUAGGAGCAAGUGAAGGGAAGACGAAGAGAAAGAAGCUCACCCACAUUUUGAUAAAGAUUAAGAACGUUUGCAAACAACAGAAAGCGCGAUGGCUGGCUAUAGGGACCUUCCUUUCCCCCUGGCGAUCGUUUGCCUGGUUCUCAUCAGAGGUUACUCUCCCCUGCCUACGACAUCACAAGUCAUCGGGACAAAUUCUAUGAGUUCUACGACACCGAGUGGGAUUUUGUCCGAGGCCUCAGAUGAUUACUCCCAAGAGGAAGAACCAACCACCACUGUUACACAGAGUAAAGUGUCACCAUAUGGAGAGAUUCCUAAACGAUGCGACUACAAUCCCUGCGUCCAGGGUCAGAUCUGUGCUGAUCUAGAAACCUCCACCGACUGCUUGUGUCCAGGGUUCACUUCACAUAAUGUGGCUCCAGAUCCUCCCAUACUGAAAUCAGCCACCUGGAAUGGCUCAGAUGUUGUAAUUCAGUGGUGUGCACCUCAUUCACAUGUCACAUCUUAUAUUGUGACAGUAGGGGGGGAGGAGAGGCAGACGUUUGGGAAGGAGCGAAGGAGCGGCGGAGUGGGCGACAUGGACCACAUCGCAAAGGUUUGUGUGGUUGCAGUGAAUGAUGCUGGAGACAGCGAGGGCUCCUGUCUGAUGUACCAGCCCAGGGACAGGAAUCUGCCUCUGAAAGCAGGACUCAUCGGAGGAGCUCUGGCCUUCCUGCUGCUGCUGCUGCUGGCCGUGCUGCUCUGGAGGCACAGGAGGCAAAGGAAACAAGAGGCCAGCAUCUCUAUGCACGUCACCUCUGAGUGACAGGGAACAGAAAACAGAGUGGACGCUCGCUGAGAUAAGACUCUGUCCCACGAGACUCCUCAGCAUCAUCACAGCUAAUUAACUGUGAGUACAUUAACAUCUGAGGUUUUCUGCACAAAGAGGCUUCCUGAAAAUGCAGAAGGAAACAUUUUGUCAUCUCGCAUGGAUAUAUGCGAGAUAUUUUGAUAUUAUUUGUGGUCAGAAUUAUUUAAUGAAGAUUAGGUAACAGUUGUUGACACUUCAAAACAUAUUGUAUAUACAGAGUGUAUUGUGGUGUUGCAUUUUCUUUGUAACUCUCUGAGAUGUGAAUGUGAAUGGAUGCAUUAUGACUGAAAGUGAAUGGUGAGCCGUAUCAUGUACUGUAUUUAUGUUGCCGUGGACCUUAUACAUGUUAAGAGUUUGAUUGUGAUGGUUUCCUUAAAUGAAUAAGUUUGGAGGACCUGAAGCACAUGACACAUGACAUCACUGUUCAAACUGAAACUACUGUAUAUGCAUGUUCAAGGUGUGACUGUUUAGCUCAAGUAAAACAUUUCGUUAGUUGCUAAAGUGUGUAGUUAUUUAACAGCUUUGGGAGGGGCUGUUGUUUUUUUCCAUCUGUCUCAUUGUUGGAAGUUGUGUCAUGGUACUGGAUGAUUACAAGUGUUCGGUGAUGUUUUUCCAGAUGUCAUGCAACAACCUUUUCAGCAGAAAUGCAGCUGAGACUUCUAGUCAUCCAGCACUGAACUGGUGAGAUGCUUCAGGCUUUUUGCUUCUUUUUCUUUUUCCGCAGUGAUGAAAAAGAGAAUAAAGUCCAAUAUUUAAACCCCCCUCCAGUUUAUCUCAUGUUCAAGCCUGCAUCUGCAUGUCUCGCAGCCAUGUUAUAAUUCCUUCCACAGAGUUGUUCCACUGCUCCUGGCGUCUUUCUUAUUCCAACUGCGUGGCACAAUUUACAUCGCACAGAGCUGCAUGGAAGUCCUCUAACAUCUGUAAUUUGGAGACACAACAGAUUUCAUCUUUUUAGUCGCUGAAAAGGCCUCAAGAUGUUGCUUUUAUGUUGCAGUCGCUCUCAAACUGGGAGGGAAAUCUUGACUUGACUUGCCAGUAUAAGAUGAAAUGAAGAAACAUGCUUUAAAUUAAAUGUAAUGUACUCAAACCACAUGCAGAAAAGGUUUUGCAGAAACUACAACCAGCUGAUGGGAUCAGAAAAGCACAACAUGUGCUCAUGUAUCUUGUUUCAAAAAUGAUUGUGGUUUACCUUUUUAUUUUAAUAAACAACUUUU